AUGGGGGCAGCGCGGGGGGGAGAGGGGGGGUUGAGAUGGAAGUUUGAGGUGAGGUUGCGAGAUCGCGAGCCAAGCGAGGAGUUGAGGAGACAGACGUGGAUUGGGUGUAGAACUUAUGGUGGAAGUACGCAGCGGUAUGACAGACGCAUGCCCGGGGCUAGUAGUGCCUUGGCAACGGCACAACCUGGCGAACCAACCUCGAGUCAUUUCAGGGAUGGUACGGUACGUAUUAUCGACGGACGGCUUGCUGGUAUCAUGCAUAAACAUCAGUGGGCAGCGGAGACCGAUAAUACUAAUACUCGCCACCGCCUUGGGUAG